GGUAUUUUUAGCGGUAGAAGGGGAAGAACUUGAGAGAGAGAGGGAAGUUUUGUUCAAUGAGAAAGUUAAUUGAAAUGGCUAAUUAUUUAAGGAUAUUAUAUUAAAGCCAAUUUUGAAUUCUUUUGGUCCCUUUAUUACAGACUUCGAUCCACAGCCACAGCCACAGCCACAAAAAGAGUAAAAAGUAAAAGUUAACCGCAAGUGACAGUGAAAAAAAAAAAAAAGCGCUCUAUGCGACGAACAAAGAUUUUUCCCUCCCUGUUUCAGUCGCCACUUUCCUAAGGAUAUGAUAAUGGAGAUGGAAGAAAUUGAAGCUGUUCUCGAGAAAAUUUGGGACCUUCACGACAAAUUAAGCGACACUAUUCACUCAAUUUCGCGUAUACACUUCCUCAAUUCCAUCAAAACCCUAAAACAAUCCGACAAGAAGAAACCCUACAACGACGCCGUUGAGGAUAACCGUCCCGGCUUUGUCUUCUUCAAGGACUUCCGCGUUGACGAUAAUGAUUCCGCGAUUCAAGAGGCUAAGAGUCUCAACUCUAUCAGGACCGCUCUCGAAAACCUCGAGGAUCAGUUGGAGUUCUUCCAUACCGUACAAAUACAACAGCGGGCAGAGAGAGAUGCUGCAAUUGCUCGAUUAGAACAGAGCAGGGUUGUUCUUGCAAUGAGAUUAUCUGAACAUCAUGGUAAGAAGUACAAAGUCAUUGAAGAAGCUCUAUCUUUUGUAGGUGAUGUUCAUGAUGCGAACCUCUUUGUUUCUCCCGAGAACCUUUAUGCUUCAUCUCAUAAUGUGUCUGGUGAGAAUCUUGUUAGGCGCGAAGAGAAAGGGUCUAGUAUAAUGAUCAAAGUUCUUAUUUCAAGUUUCGAAUUUGUGAAGAAAUCAUUUCAAUUGAAUGGUGUUGGUGGGUUGCUUGGCAAUGCUGCUUUAUUUGCCGUUAGUAUGAUUGCAUUUCUCCAUCUGCAGCAGGGAGCUCAUAAGGAGCUUCCGUACAAUCACGAAGAAGUCAUUUAUAGCAAUAGAAAUGUGAGGAAAGCUUCUCGGGAAGAAGAGUCCCCAUUCAUCUCUGAUUUAAAUCACUUGGACGUAAUGUUGGCUAGGGGUUGAAGAUUUUCUACUGGGAAGCCAUGCUGUUUUUAUGUAUCAACAAGUUCGCGAUCACUUUCCACGAAAUCUGGAGAGUUAGCAUGAUGUGGUAUCGACUUUAGACUGUCGCCUAGAUAUUGAGAUGCAGUCUCUUGUUGGAUAAGAAUGGAUUUGAGGUUCUGAUAGUAGUGUCAGGUUAGGAUUCUUAAUAAGCUUUCGAUUGCCCCCUUGAGUUGAAUGUGCAUACGCCAAAUUUGUAUUUGUCAAGCAGUUUUUUGUGCACAAAUAUUUGUGAUGGCAUGCAAUUGCUCAAGUUUCUACUGUCGCAGAUUGGUUUGGUUUGUGCAAAAUCCAUAUAGCAUCUUGCCCCUUAA